CCUCCUUUCCUCUGCUACCGGCGAGAAUGAAGACCAUUCUCAGCAGUCAGACUGUCGACAUCCCCGACAAAGUCGAGGUGAAGUUGAGGGGCCGGACGGUGACAGUCAAGGGGCCCCGUGGAAAACUCACCAGAGAGUUCAACCACAUCAACCUGGAGCUCAGCCUGCUGGGCAAGAAACAGAAGAAGCUUCGUGUGGAAAAAUGGUGGGGUAACAGGAAGGAGCUGGCCACAGUCCGCACCAUCUGCAGCCACGUCCAGAACAUGAUCAAGGGAGUCACUUUGGGUUUCCGGUACAAAAUGCGUUCCGUGUACGCCCAUUUCCCCAUCAACGUCGUUAUUCAGGAGGGCGGCACCAUGGUGGAGAUCAGGAACUUCCUGGGAGAGAAGUACAUCCGCCGUGUCCGAAUGAGGGCUGGUGUGAUCUGCGCCGUCUCCGCUGCCCAGAAGGACGAGCUGGUGUUGGAGGGCAACGACAUUGAGCUGGUUUCAAACUCAUCCGCUCUGAUCCAGCAGGCCACCACAGUCAAAAAUAAGGAUAUCAGAAAGUUCUUGGACGGUAUUUACGUGUCUGAGAAGGGAACAGUAGUGGCACAGGAUCAGUAAAAGUUCCACCUGCAGUCGUAGAGCGGCCUUGAUCCAACAGGCCACCACGGUCAGAAAGAAGGACAUCAGGAAGUUCCUGGACGGCAUCUACAUCAGUGAGAAGACCACCGUGGUGGAGCCGGAGGCUGAAUAAAUGUUCACCAUGUUCUCUAAUGACCAAUAAAACUACCCCCUUUUCCAAUUAA